AAACUCAUUGGCUCCGAGGACUUAGGACCUGUUAGCUUGGUUGGGCGACUGGCAAAUCCUUCCUUCCCCGGGGUAGAAGUCCAGGGUGAGAAAUUGGUUCCGAACUCAAAGGAACCCAGCACCGGGCCACAGCCGGUCACGUGGCCGGCGGCCCCCCAUGACGUGCUGGCUGCGGGGCGUCACCGCGACGUUCGGGCGACCUGCCGAGUGGCCAGGCUACCUCAGUCACCUGUGUGGUCGCAGUGCUGCCAUGGACCUGGGACCCAUGCGCAAGAGUUACCGCGGGGACCGAGAGGCAUUUGAGGAGACUCAUCUGACCUCCCUUGACCCAGUGAAACAGUUUGCUGCCUGGUUUGAGGAGGCUGUUCAGUGUCCUGACAUAGGGGAAGCCAAUGCCAUGUGUCUGGCUACCUGUACCAGAGAUGGAAAACCCUCUGCUCGCAUGUUGCUACUGAAGGGCUUUGGGAAAGAUGGCUUCCGCUUCUUCACUAACUUCGAGAGUCGAAAAGGAAAAGAGCUGGACUCUAAUCCCUUUGCUUCCCUUGUCUUCUACUGGGAGCCGCUUAACCGUCAGGUGCGUGUGGAAGGCCCUGUGAAGAAGCUGCCCGAGGAGGAGGCUGAGUGCUACUUCCACUCCCGCCCCAAGAGCAGCCAGAUUGGGGCUGUGGUCAGCCACCAGAGUUCUGUGAUCCCUGAUCGGGAGUAUCUGAGAAAGAAAAAUGAGGAACUGGAACAGCUCUACCAGGAUCAAGAGGUGCCCAAGCCAAAAUCCUGGGGUGGCUAUGUCCUGUACCCUCAGGUGAUGGAGUUCUGGCAAGGUCAAACCAACCGCCUGCAUGACCGGAUAGUCUUUCGGCGGGGCCUACCCACAGGAGAUUCCCCUUUGGGGUCCAUGACCCACCGCGGGGAGGAAGACUGGCUCUAUGAGAGACUUGCACCUUAACUCUGGGACCUGCCAGCCCAGAGUGGAGCUAGGGCUAGGUGUCAAGAGAGGGUGUGGGAUUGAGACCCAGGCCCUUCUUUCUAAAGUCAACCCAUUUCCCUCCCUACCCCUUAUAUUCAGGACUCUUCAGAGCUAAUCCUCUAAGUUCUCUGUACUCAGUUGGUUCUCAGUUAGCUGGUCAAGUGGAGUGUAAUGGUGGCAUAGAGAAUCACAAAUGGAAAAUAAUUCCAUAAUUAUUUUUUUGACCUUGCCUAUGAUUGAUUAGGAUAGCUCCCUCUAGGGGUAGCAGCCGGUGUGACUCCCUUUCUGGUGACAGAGAGGGCCCCAGCAGCCCUGUUUACCGUGUGAGUCAUACUGGCCAAAGUUUAGUCCCAGCAUAUGCACCUGAGCCAACCUGGCCAAUCAGAUUGUUUUGUCAAUAAUUUGAAAUUUGAACUGGAGAGAUCCAGAACCUUGGGAGUCAUUGAAGCCAAGUCAUUCAUAGCAGCCAGGAAACAAUAGGAACCAACAGCCUUUGCCUGCUGCUAUUGCAAUUCCCAGGAUCUCUCCUUCCCUGGAUCCCUCCCUCCCAGGUCUGGGCUGUGCAGUUCCUCUCCCUGCCUUGACACUCCCCACUAUCUCUGUAAAAUCUCUCUCUUUUUCUUUUUUUUCUUUUUUUUGACUUAAUCUAGCUAGAAUCUAUUUCAGUUGCUUACAACUUAACUCAUUUAUGGAUAGGACUUUUUUUUUCUUUUUUCUUUUUCUUUUCUUUUUUUUUUUUUUUUUGAGAUGGAGUCUCACUCUGUCGCCCAGGCUGGAGAGCAGUGGCGUGAUCUUGGCUCACUGCAACCUCUGCCUGCCAGGUUCAAGCAAUUCUCCUGCCUCAGCCUCCCAAGUAGCUGGGACUACAGGCACACGCCACCACGCCCAACUAAUUUUUGUAUUUUUAGUAGAGACGGGGUUUCACCCUGUUGGCCAGGAUGGUCUCCAUCUCUUGACCUUGUGAUCCACCCCCCUUGGCCUCCCAAAAUGCUGGGAUUACAGGCAUGAGCCACCACACCCAGCGAGACGGGGUUUCAUUAUGUUGGCCAGGCUGGUCUCCAACUCCUGACCUGAAGUGAUCCGCCCGCCUUGGCCUCCCAAAGUUCUGGGAUUACAGACAUGAGCCACCACGCUUGGCCGGGAUAGUAUAUUUUUAUAGCACUUCUCCUACUGAUUGCUGCCCUCUCUGUGGCUACAAGGGACCCACAGAAUUACAGGGAAGUUACAGGGAAGCAGGUUUCAUCUCAAUAUUGGGAGAGAUUUCAAACAAUCAGACCUGCCUGAGAAGGAGUGGGCUGUCACUAGGAAUUUUUAUUCCCAGUCAGUCAGGAAUUUUGUAGAAGGGCUUCAUGUGCUGGUACCAAUAGGACAGGAAGAUUUUAAUCAGCUUUACUAUUUAUGUUUGUUUAUGGAAACUGUGUGUAUGUGUACAUACAUUUUCCAAAAAGAAAAAUUAAAUGAUUAUAGAGAUUAUGUUUUUCAGACUACUCACAUAUCUGCUUUCCUUACUCCUCACCUCUGCUGAUAAUUCCUAGAUCAUUGGUUUUUCCCCCACACUGGAAUUACCUGGAGAGCUUAGAAAACCCUGAUGCCUGGGUCCCACCCUCAGAGAUGAUUGAACCAGCCUGGCCAGCAUGGCAAAACCCUGUCUCUACUAUGUUAUGAGUGCAGCCUGGGCACUGGGAAAUUUAAAAUCUCCCCAGAGAAUUCUGUGCAGCCAAGGUUGAGAACUCCUAGUCUAGAGCUUUGCUAUACACAGGGUGGUCCACAAGCCAGGAGCAUCAGCAUCACUUGGCAGCGCCUUAGAGAUUCAGACCCCAGACCCACUGAAUCUGACCCUGCAUUUUCACUAGACCCCAGGUGAUCAGCUGCACUAGACUCAACCUCUAAACCAUGACCUCCGACCCUCACAGGCUGUGAUCCUUUAGGGACCCUCAGCUGAGUCCUGUGCUGAACUGUGUUUGUUCUCCUUGAGCACAAGCCGGCUGACCAGGGACAGACUGGAUGAGCAAGCAACCUGCUGGCUAUGGAGAGGAGCCAGGCUUGGUAAAUGUUUGCUGUGACUAAGCCAGGAUCAAAGAACUGACUGUUGCUUGCACUGGCUGGCAUUGAGCUUGCCACUCUGUGAACUGUGCUUCCUUCCCCUGCAUGGACCUGUGCCUCAGUCACUAUUAUCCGCAGGCCUUCUCCAAGGGCAGCCCUCUCCUUGUUUAUCCCUCUUAAGCCUGCGUGCAGGAAGGCACAUUAACCCUGUGGCCCCCUGCAGGCAGGAGGGUGUCGGGUGCCCUUACCUACCUUGCCCUUUUUCUUGUACCGUAGGCUGUGCCGUUUAUGAGUAAGUGUAUGUGUGUCUGUGUGUGUGUCUAGGAGUGCUGCACCCACCUUGUGUUAUUGGAGGUUGUGUAUCCCCCUAGCUUUGAGCCUGGUCUCAGAUGUUCCUUUUCCGUUCUCUGUCCAGCCGUUACUGCCCCCAGUCUGUAAUAAAAGCCUGUCAGCCGUGCACUUUA